GGUGCUUAUGGAAACAGUUUUUAUCAUCUUUUAGGGCUCUUUUAGGGCCAAAUUAACUUCCAGUUAGGCUUUGGCCGUUCUGAUUUUCCCCCUGCACAAUCCCAUGAAAGCUGCGCAGUGCUCCUGAUUGGCUGCCCCUUCUUCAAAGGCCAUGGCUGGAAAGAUCACCAAAAUCCUGCUGGUGCUGGCCAUCCUCCAGUACGGGCUGAGGGCGGAUGCCCAGGCAGUGAAGGCCACGGAAAAUGUUCUGACACAACAUGAGGAACAGUGCAACCAAGAGAUGACUUGGCUGCUGUGCAGUGUUCGUGAGUGGCUGCCCCUUCUUCCAAAGGCCAUGGCUGGAAGCAUCACCAAAGCCCUGAUGGUGGCCAGCCUCUUCCAAUACGCACUGAACGUGGAUCUCCCAGCAGUGAAGGUGACGGAAGAGCUCCUGAGGCAGCACGAGGAGCAGCGCAGCCAGGAGAUGGCCAAGCUGCAGGAGAUGGAGCGGAUGAUACAGCAGCAGAGCAGACCCACUCAGGAAAGCGUGCUCCACUCAAUCUGCCAGCAGUGGUGGUUCUGGAACUGUGUUGAAAUGAUCCUCACGCUCUUUGGGAUCUACUGGCUGCCCAGUCAGAAGAGAGCAGGUACUGGCAGUGCCCAGGAGCAGAUGGAGGAGGACAAGCCCUUGGAUAAGAGCUGGGCACUGGGCAAGAUCUGCUGAUACCACUGCAGCCAUGAAGAGCAGCAGCCACAGAAUGUGCCGUGCUUCCUCCUCUCCCACAUGAGGAGGCAGAGUCCAAAUUCCUGCUUCCUUCACAGCCUCUGCAAAUGGUCCCAGUUGUGAUGCUCCCCCUGUCAGGAGAUGCAGAAGUCAUUUCCCCCUUGUCCAUCUGUUAAUAAAAUUGUUGAUUUGCUUUGAGAAA